AUGACAAACUCAGACGAAAUAGAGAUAGCUAACAGCAGUUACGUGACCUUAGUGUCCUCUGACGGUUUUGAGAUUGUGAUUCUUCGUGAAGCAGCUUGCAUUUCAGGAAUGAUUAAAGCGAUGCUCGCAGGUGACUACAGAGAAACUCAACAGGGACGUUGUGUGUUCAAUGAAAUCAAUGGCAUAGUUUUGGAAAAAGUAGCAGAAUACUUCUACUACAAUUAUAAGAACCGAAACCAAGCUAAUGUACCGGAUAUGGUGAUACCCCUAGAGUUGUGUUUAGAACUAUUCAUGGCGGCAGAUUUUUUGGAUGGUAGGUCUUCAAAAAACAAUUGUGAUUAUUCUGACCAUCAAUUUUCUAGCAUAACCAACAAGCAGUAUUUGAUAGCUAGUAUUCUAAAACGAUUCAGCGGAAUUAUGUGA